AAAAUUGGCAGCUUGAAGGCCUGGUCAUUCAGCACUUAUAAAUUCACAAAGCAAUUGUUGUCAGAAAAGCUAGGUCAGGCAACGAGGACUGUUGAUUCAGAAUUGGAAGGUCAAAUUGAAUCUUUAAAGGACACACAACUGAAAUAUUUAAAUUUGUUGAAGCUUGCUAAGUCUUUAACUACACACUUUACACAAGUCAUCCAAACACAGAAGUCAUUGGGUGAUGCAUUCAGCCAACUUUCCCAAAAGAAUCCUGAACUUCAUGAAGAAUUUACUUACAACUCUGAGACACAGAAGAUUCUGUGUAAGAAUGGUGAAACAUUACUAGGUGCAUUGAACUUCUUCAUCUCCACUUUAACAACAUUGUGUAACAAGACCAUUGAAGAUACACUCAUCACAAUAAGACAUUAUGAAUCUGCAAGGAUAGAAUAUGAUGCAUACAGACUGGAUGUGGAGUCGAUGCAGAUGGUUGGAACAAAGGAUUCUGUCCAGUCACAACGACUGGCUGAUGCUCAACAGAGGUAUGAGGCACACAAAGAAAAAUUUGAAAACCUCAGAUCAGAUGUUGCUAUUAAAAUGAAAUUCUUGGAUGAAAAUAGAGUUAAUGUAAUGCAGAGGCAACUGGUCCUGUUCCACAAUGCUGUGGCCUCGUACUUUUCAGGCAACCAGGUGGCACUGGAGGAGACGAUGAAACAGUUUAACAUCAAACUGAAGACGCCUAACUCGACAAAACCUUCCUGGCUUGAGAAUAAUAAAUGA